AUGAUUGCUCCCCUGAUGUACUAUCGUAAGAAUGACGCGCAGGCCGUAACUGGCGAACGCCGCCCACAUUUCGCGGGCACAGGGUACAGAGGAGGGGGCUGGGGUCGAAGGGCGCGUUUCACAACACGGCCCGCGUGUUUCGCGUCGGCCCCGCGCCUGCCCCUCAGUUCGCCAUUCAGCUGGACUCUUCGAUGGCCGCGCCUCCUGGUCAGUGUGUGUAGAGAGGCGCUGGCGCUAGUACAGUACCAGAGUCCGAGUGCAGCGACCGCUGCACAACAGGAGAACGCGUCACCCGCCGCGGGUGCUAUGCUGCCGAGUCCGACGCAUACCAGCUGCACUCUACGCUUAAGGCAAACGGGAUCCGACCAAUCUCCCACGAACGAGCCAGAGGAGGGUCGCUCUGACGACGGCUCUGCCGUGCUCGUGUGUGCAGGAGCGAGCAGGAUGAGCAGGAGGAGCGCGCUGGGCAGCGCGGCGCUGCUGCUGGCGGCCGGCCUGUGGCUGGCCGGCCCGGGCCCGGCGCCCGUGGCGGCGCGCGCCAUGCUGCUGCCGCUGCCGCGAGACGCCGCCAGGUUCGCCGCGGCCGCCGCGGCCGCCGAGGCAGAGUACGACGCCGUCGCCGGCGCCAACUGGCCGGACGACGAGCCGCCGCCUCAGGGGCUCAGCCAGGAGGAGCAGACGCGGCUGCUGCGCAUGCUACUGCUACGCAUGAUGCAGGAGCGUGACCAGCACGCGCAGGCCGACCACGACGUCGGGCCGCUGCUGGAGCCGGGAGAUGUCGCAGACGACCCCGAGGGAGACGGCGAACACCCGCUCCCGUACGGCGGCCCGCACACUCCCGAUGACAAGAGGAACUUGCAGGGGAUGAUGCCGACGCUGUGCCACUUCAAGAUUUGCCACAUGGGCCGGAAGCGGAACCAGCAGAAGGGCGCGAGGAGCGCGCACUGAGCGACGCCACGCCACGCCACGCCGCGCCACGACGCCGACGCCGACGCCGAUGGCGACGCCUCCACUCCGCAUCGCGCCUCCGCCUUCGCAGCCGCCGUUCGCACCUUAUCGCUGCUCUAACCCGAUUCUAUUGGCAAUCGCAUUGAAUCUGGGCCGCUUACAGCUAUUCUGUUGCUCUCGCUUCUGACUGUCGACCGAAAUGUACUUACGCGCGCAUGUACGAUCCGCUGGACGAACUGGAGUACUACGCCAUUUUUCUUAGUAUUAUCGUUUCUUACCCGCUAACCUCGAACUAAUCUUAACUGAAUGCAAUGCAGUAUUAAUAUGUAGUCACCUGUGCCGUGAUUACUUCUCGCUCUUCAUUCGCUCGGUACCUUAGAAGCACGGUGGGGUGAACAGCAUGCAAACCGCUGUGAACUCGUCUCCGUGGGACGAUGUUUAACUCCAAUUUCUUGCACACACUGAGAUGAAAAGCGCAAGGAUCCUUCAUAAUGGAUAAUGUUCACCUACAGCACAGAGCUACUGGUAACCACAGUGUACGCUCACCGGUAUCUCUGGUACAUAGAUGAACUUUCAUAUCUGUACAGCAGAGCAUUCUCUCUACCUAUGAUUUUCGUGAAGAUCCAUACAUUAUGUGAAACAGAUCUGCCUCAAAGCAUAGUGGCGGUAAGUCAACGCUAAACGGAAAAUACGCUCCACCGUUGCAAACGUCGAACUCAAGUUACUGCACCGGGGCCUUUGGCAGUAGCAGAGUCAGAGAUCGUCACUGAAAGUUCACUCCCACAUUCGGGUCUGAAAGUCCCCCAUACAGUUUACAACAAUGACAAUAAAAUACCUAGAUGAUCCUUUGUAGGUAAUUUUGUGUAAACUGGAAGAGCCGAACAAUUAACUACAGAGGUAUUUAUGUCUGUCUAAAGUAUUGUAUCUUUGCAUGAAUUUAACACUACAUAUUGUAAUAAAUUAUUGGUUCGUUAA